UCCGCCUCCGCCGCAGCCUCCGCCGCCGCCGCCUCGCCUCUGCCCCUGGUUGCUCCUGCCAUGGAACGCCCGCACCAUGGUGGCCGCUAGCACCACCCUCGCGUCGCUCUCUCUGCUGCUGCUGCUGCUGCUCAUCCUGCCACAGGUGCGCGAGGCGGGCGCGCUGCCGCGGCUGCGCCACCGGCGGGCCGGCUGCUCGCGCUGCGCGCCCGGCUGGGGCGCCGUGGCGGCGUGCGACCGGGCGCGCGGGCAGGGCACGGCGUGCGCGCGCUGCGCCGCCGGCGUCGCCUACUCGCCGCACCACUCGGCGCGCGCGCCCUGCUGGCUGUGCUCGCGCUGCGGGCCCGGCCUGUUCGAGGCGCGCGCCUGCUCGCCGCGCAGCGACACCGUCUGCGACUCGUGCCGCCGCCUGCUGGCGCCGCGCGCCGGGCCCGCCGCCGCGCCGCCGCCAGACUUCUACCGCAAGUGCCAGCCCGCCGCCGACGGCGACCCUGGCGCCGCCGCUGCCGCUGCCGCUGUCCCUGUCCCGGAGCCGUCGGGGGCGCUCGCCGGCGCGCCUUCCCAGCUGCCGCGCCUUUAAACCGCGCCCUACCUCACCGCGGGACAACGUGUCUUCACUCGUUGCCUACCGCGGCAGCUGGUCGUCGCGUGGGGCCGUUCCGAAUGACUCUCGACGCGCGGGACGUGUGGCACACAGCGCCAUCUCCGCAGCAAUGCACUUGUAAGGCAACCACAUUUAGUUGUACUGCCCUGUAUCGGACGAAAGGGUGAAUGUUCGGUGGUCACUACCGGCCUGUCGGUUGAAAAAAGUGUCGUCGCCAACUGAGAUCACACACUGAUCGCUCGAUUCUCACGAAGAACAUGCCUAGGUCUGGACCUCGAGCAAAGGACCAAUAAAUUCGCGUGACGAGUGUACCUUCAAUUUCAUCUAUUUUUGAAGUUCCAGGAACAAAUCUGAUGAUCCGAGUCUUCACCAGUGAGAACACGAAUGCCCUACUUUUGAAAGGCUAGCCUCUCCGAGUUCUACAAACAGUAUUAUUUCUUUGUCUCUGGGACACGAAAAAUAUUUUCACGCGCGCACUAGCAGAGGAAACGCUACUCUCCUUCGUUCUGAGUUUGAAAAUCGAAAACGUCGAGACAAUCGCACCUCCUGGAACGUUAAAACUCGUGGGUUACUUGCACUUCCGCGUCUUAAAAUCGGGUGAAACCCAGAAUCUUUGAUCGCGUUCGACAUAUCGGCUGGAUAGAGCCACGCUAAACAACUUCACCUGAAUCGUAACACGGCGACUCGUCGUCUGGGACAGUUGCAGGAUGACACGCAACACGAAAACGUGAGACAUGGCAUCCUUGCUGCUCCUUCAGAGGCGGCAGUGGGAAGGCACUAGUUACAGUCUCGUGGCUCUGCAUCGGAUGAAACACUUAAAAUGUUCGGGGCACUUUAGUAUUAGCUGAAUGGAACCACGCAGGAGAGAAGGUCCCACGAUACAGUAACCAACCGAAAUAAAAAGCGCCUAGCUCGUAGGUCUGGAAGCAGCGACGAGGAAAUGUUGUAUGACGAAAUUAACCUCGAAUUUUGCGUACUGCGUUGCACCAUGAAUAUAACGGACGCAUACCUUCUUCAGUGACCUUCGACGAGCUCUCCAAACACGAAUCACUAAGCUGAAUUUCAAAUCAACGUCACUCCGAGUUCUACAGAAUUAGCAUUAACAGUUUGUGACAGCCGUCUGUGGGGAACACGAAAACAUAUUGCUACAAACGCGUUUCACGAAGGAAGAUAACUCUAUUUCCUUCCUCCGUUGUCUGUCAAUCGAAUCCGUCCAGACCGCAUUAGCUCCCAAACACCUGACGAAAACUCUCUUCUUUCAAAAAUUGUUCCUAGAUUUGGCGCAACGUUAACAACUCUCCGUUCGUUUUACUGCCCAAUUCUAUCCAUCACUUCGAGUCCCCACUUCUCCACUCAGCAAUAAUAUUUAUCGAAACUGCGCGAUAAACUUUGGCCGGAAGAAUGAUCACCGUGUCUAUUAAGCACAAGCACAGCACGGAAGUGAAGCAACGCAAGCUGCUAGCGACGCACCCAUUGUGUAGGUCAGGGUAGCGAAGUGGUGAACCACAGCGGUGCUGAAUCCCAUUCCACAGUACCACUUCUAUCCUCCUUUUGUGUAAUUUCUAUGUGGAGAGCGUAUGUAGAGCGUUGCUUCGUCCCAGUGGGUGUGCGGACGUCGGUUCGCUCUAUUUGGUUAAUUACACUUCUCUUAUUAGCACAGCGCACCUUCUGCUGAAAGAACUAUGCUGCUAGACAAAGCAGUCAGUCCGAAUAACAAGAAACGCCAAUAGCGCAAGUGACGCGACUGGUACAGACUGCCGACGACGUCUGGACAGAAUGAGCUCACUAUUUUUGCAUCCAGCGAGACGUUCAUGGAAGCAAACAUCCUUUCAAUACACGUGAUCCUCGAUCUAAUGACGCAGUUGACUGUAGAAUACUGUAGCACAUAUUGAGGGCUUCGAAAGAAGAAAACAGAGCUUAUGCUGUCGACUGUUCUCUUUAACCGAACUGAGAACAGCUAAUGGAAGGACCUAAUGAUGCGUCCUAAAUAAAUUCUUCUGCCUGACAUCAAAAGCUUCCAGAGAUAUGAACAAACGAUAACAAUUUUCCACGUCACGACUGCAGACGUAUUGAUUGGGUCUUUUAGUGAAGCGUUUGCAGUUUGAAAUUUGUUCCAAAAGGAUUGUCUUGUUAUGAGGACAACAUCGGAAGAUGAAGUUUAGUUACGCUGUCUUGUGAAAAUAAAUCACAACGUCAACCCAGCGUAUAUUAUUCCCUGCUGGCUUUAAGCACUGUGUAGUUCAAGCAGAUUUUCCAGCCCCUCUGUUGUGCGGCCCUUACCUCUAAUACCUGUAAUAACAUACACGGUCUCCGUGUUCCAAUAGGUACAUGCCAAAAACUUACCACUGUGGCGGUGUUAUAAGUAGCGAACACUUCAUAUUACAUAAAUAAAUUUUUAUGUGAGGCAUAUUCUUGUUCGUGAUACCUGCGAUUUUGUGUUCGCAAAUAACAUGCAAACACUGAGAAAAGACUUGUCUGCAAAAUUUCACGUUAAAGUGCGCUCAUUGAGUGGUACAGUGAGUAUAUCUUGAUCGUCUCCUGCCUCACUGGAUAACUCUCACAAAACUAGUUCGGACUCUUCAAACGCGUGCCUCACAGAUCCAGAGACGCCUGGAGGAGAAAAGACUGUUAAAUAAGAGAUAAACGGGGCUGCUCAGAGAACCAUGUAUACAGAGCACCAGAUAUUUCCAUAAAGUGACAAAAUGUACAUAAUGUGUAAAUAAAUAGAUGUGCGAACGUUUCA